UACUCCGAACAAGUAUUCAUUACCAGCAUUACUUUCUAACUUCUCUCCGCAUACAAGUCUCUCAGCAGUACCGUUUUCUUUUCUUGCCAGUUGCCACUGUUUGGCUACAUUAAUAUCAGAAUGGGAAGAACUCCAUACUGUGAUGCAGAUGGCUUGAAGAAAGGCCUGUGGACUCCUGAAGAAAACCAGAAGCUCUUAACCUACAUUCAACAACAUGGCCAUAGAUGCUGGCGUUCUUUACCAAAAAAAGCUGGUCUUCGAAGAUGUGGGAAGAGCUGCAGACUGAGAUGGAAUAAUUACCUUAAACCUGGUAUUAAGAGGGGAAGAUUCAGUUUACAGGAAGACAAAACCAUCAUUCAACUUCAUGCUCUUCUAGGCAACAAGUGGUCUGCCAUAACUGCGCACUUGCCAAAGAGAACAGACAACGAGGUCAAGAAUUACUGGAACACACAUCUAAAGAAAAGGUUAGCCAUGAUGGGUAUUGACCCAGAGACUCACAAGCCAACAAGCACCAUCCUUGGCUCGCCAAAUGGUGACCCUAAGAACGCAUUAAAUCUUAGCCACAUGGCUCAGUGGGAGAGUGCUCGUCUACAGGCCGAAGCUAGACUGGCUAAAGAGUCACAGCUACGCCAACAUGAGCCAGGUGAUACGACUAACGCACUUGCACCACCACUUUGCCUUGACGUAGUAAAAACAUGGCAGAGCCUAAUGUUAAAUUCCAUACAAGGUAGUCUUCAAAAUGGUUCUUUUGGUCUUGGUUUGGGUGACAAUGGUGGUGAUGUUGAGUCUCCGACAUCCACAUUGAGCUUCUCAAACAGUGCACAAGCAGCAGUGUCAACUGUGGUAUCAUCAUCAGAUUUUAAUGGAGUUUUAGGUGCUGAUCAUAUGAAUGAAGUAUACAUCACGCAGCAACACAAUAUGGCUCUUGAUGUUGGAGAUGUGCCUAGUACCAUUCAAGCUUCUGAUAAUGAAGAUGGGAAUUUCAUUGAAGGGAUUGCAAAUAAUCUACUUUUCAAUAAUCUUGAUAUGCAUAGUUUAUCUACCUUCAGCACAAUUACAAGUACUACUAGUACUGGCAAUGGUGAGGUACAUGAAAUGACCAAGAAUUAUUGGAAUAAUAUUCUUAAUUUUAUAAGUUAAUUAUAUAUAUGGACUGUCAAGUACCGGUGUUUUAAUUUGUAUGUGCAAGAGAACCUAGUGUUUAGGACUAGACUAGUGUACUGUAGUCAGUAAUUGCCUUAGCCAUGCAAGGCUAUAGGCUUUAAACCCCACUCCUGAAUUUCUGU